UAUAUGUUCUACUGUUCUCUAUUUACAUUUUCAGUUCAUAAAUUUCGAGAGUGAGAAAAAUGAGAGGUGGAAAUUACAAUGAUGAUGGAUCUAGUGACAGAGGACUUUUAUCUCGUCUUGCUGGCUAUGCUGUUGGACAAUACCUUCCGUCUUAUGGGGCAUAUCCUCCUCAAGGAUAUCCGCCUCGAGGAUAUCCCCCUCAGGUCUACCCGUCAGCUGGAUAUCCUCCUACUGGUGGAUACCCACCAGCUGGAUAUCCUUUCCAAGGUGGGUACCCACCGGCAGGUUAUCCUGGUCCGUCAGCAUAUCCUCCCCCAGGUGGAUAUCCACCAGCAAUUUAUCCUGGUCCAUCAGCUCCGCCUUAUCCAGGUUCUGGGCCUAGUUUGGGAGCAUUGAUAGCUGGUGGCGCUGCUGCUGCGGCUGCAGCUUAUGGGGCCCACCAGCUAUCACAGGGUGCCCAUAAUCUUACCCAUGGAGGUUUCUAUGGUCGUCAAGGAAAGUUUAAGCGUGGGAAGCAUGGAAGGUUCGGAAAGCGUGGGGGAAAGUACAGAAAAUGGAAGUGAUUAUCACUCACUAUUUAGUAGUGCUGUUUAGGCUUGCAGUGACUGACUAUUGUCUUUUUUAUUUUUAAAUUUUAUGAUUCUGGAUACAAUUUGGGAGUAAUGACACUGGCAUAUGUGUAUAAUUACAAAUUUCUUUUAUGUUAUGUUUCUACU